AAGUAGUGAACAUGGACUUUUGAUUUAGAGCAAGGGAAACUGGAGUCGGGCUAAAUGAGGAGGAGGGAGGAUGAGAAAGAAAUGAGCAGAGCAGGGAGGCAAGCUUUUCCUUUUCUGGUAGUUAGAGUCGCUGAAAGGACAAACAGAAUUUCUUUGAGCUGCAGAAGAGCUGAGAUAGAAACCAGAUUGUGGAGGCUGAUGCAUGACAAGGGAAGAGACGCCGUUGCUUAUGGACUGAACUUGAGAGCUGCUAAGUGAGAAAGUGAGGAAACUCGUUGGGGCAACAUGGAUGAUGACUUUGACCGCCGCAUGGAGCUGAGGAGGCAGAGGAGAGAGCAGAUGCGCCAGGAAGCAGAGAAGGGGGGCUACGCUAAUGACGACGAUGAGGAGGAGGCUCGGGAGCGAAGGAGACGUGCGAGGGAGGAAAGAAAGAAAAAUAGAGACUCGGAGGAGCCUGAAACCACGGACAUUAUCAAUACUAACAGUGUGACGGAGACCGAAUCCUCUACAGCUGUUACUGGAGGAGCAGAGGAUGACCAGGCUUUGCUGGAGCGCCUGGCCAAGAGGGAGGAGCGUAGACAGAAGAGGAUGAAGGAGGCUAUGGAGAGGCAGAAGGAACUCGAUCCCACAAUCAUCUCCACCAACGGCACAGAAAUCAGCCUGCAGGAGCAAUCCUCCAUUAACAACGGCAGCAAACAGAUGCAGGAGGAAGAGGAGAAAACAGAGGAGAGGUCCGCUCAAGAGGAAGUCACAGAUACUGAAAGCAACUCCUGGAAGAAGGACGGAGAUGAGCAUGAGAAGGACACUGAGGAGAAGAUGAUUACAAUAGCAGCAGAGUCUGAGAAGCCAGAUUCUGAGAAAAGAGAUACUGAGGAGGAAACUGUCCCUGUUGAAAACAAGGAGGAAGAAGAAAGGGAGAGGGAAGAGGAGGAGGAAAGAAAUCACCAAGAAGUGGAAGAAAAGUUAAGGAUGGAGGAGGAAGAGAGGAGGGAAAGGGAAAUACAGGAGCAAGCAAAGAGGGAAGAGGAAGAAAGGAAACUGAAGGAAGAAGAAGAAGAGCAGAAGAAAAGGGAAGAGGAGCAAAAACAACAAAGAGAGAUGGAAGAGAGGCUCAAGAAAGAGGAAGAAGAAAAAAGGGAAGAGGAGGAAAAACACAGAAAAGAGAUGGAGGAGAAGAUGAAGCAAGAACAACAAGAAAAACAGAGGCAAGAAGUUGAGGAAAAGAAGAGAAAGGAGCAGGAGGAGGAGGAGAAGCGAAGGAAGAUGGAGCGGGAAGAGAAGAAGAAAAAAGAAGAAGAAGAGAAAAAAGAGGAGGAGGAUAAACGCAAAACAAGGGAAGCAGAAGAGAAGAAGAAGAGAGAAGAGGAGGAGAAACCAAAGAAACUUGGCUUUAAGGAGAAGAAUGAACCUUCCAAACUAAACUGUGCCAUCUUUGAGAAUAAAUUGAAGAAAACAGAGAAAGCAGCAAGCAGGGACAUCGUUCCUUCCAGCAAGGCCGAUGACGCCGAGCGCCGGGAGGCCGAGCGCAAGCUGCUGGAGCUGAAGCAGCGACGAAACAACGCGGAAAGCGAGGAGAUCGAGAAGAUGAAGCAGAAGCAGCAGGAUGCAGAAGCUGAGCUGGAGGAGCUGAAGAGGAAGAGGGAGGAGAGGAGGAAAAUCCUGGAGGAGGAGGAGAAGCAGAGGAAGAAGGAGCAAGAGGAAAAGAAAGCCAAAGAGCAGGAGGAGAGAAAGAGGAUGAAGGAGGAGAUAGAGAGAAGAAGAGCAGAGGCUGCAGAAAAGAAGAAACAAAUGGGGGAGGAAGCGGCAAAACCCGAUUUUGCCAUCACUCCAAAAGGCUCCUCUAAGAUUGGGCAAAAGGUGGAAUUUUUGACCAAGUCAGCCCAGAAAAGCCCAGCGAGGGUGUCACAUACUCCGAUCGUGCCUAAGAUUGGGAACAGAUUGGAACAGUUUACCUCUGCUGUUCAGGGAAACAAAGAGGUAAAACCCCCCAAGUCUCCUUUGGCUGAUAUUCAAACAGGAGGCACGCGCAACAUGAAAAGCAUGUGGGAGAAAGGCCCCGUGAGCAGCCCCCCGGAAAGUCCAGCUCCUGCAAACAAGGAUGUGGCUGGUAUCAAAGGAAGCGUGGCGGGACGCGUCAACAGCUGGAAGGCAAAGCCUGCCGAAGCAGAGAAGACACCAGCUCCAUCUCCAGCUCCAGCUCCAGCUCCAGCUCCAGCAGCGGCUCCAUCUCCAGCAGCGGUAAAAUCACCACCAGCAGCUGCAAAGCCAGCGGAAGCCAAACCAGGCGAUGCCGGCAAGCGUGGCAUGUGGGAAACCAAGAGAGCCUCCACACCGGCCAAGGUGGCGGUCGGAGGAAAAAGCAAGUUUCAUUAGAAAGCUGCAUUACAGCUUGGACAAACCAAAGCGGUGACUUCACGUUUAAGUUGCUUCCUGACUGAAGAGGUUUCUGGUCUCCUUCGUGCUCCGUUUACCCUUCACCGCACUUCAAAUUCCCAUGUAGGUCCCACCAGAGCGGGGACAAAAGAUCCGGGCGGCUCAUCGUCAGCAUCAGCUACCAUCUGCUCUCUGUAGUAUUUGUAAUUCUGCACUGUUGCAUAUUUGAUUACUUUCGACACCAAUCAAGGAAACGUUGAAAGGCUCAAACCUGAUUUCAGCUAUAGGUCUAGAAAACGGCCAUGACUGUUGGAGGAGACCCAUAGCCACUCAUUUAGCUGAUUAUAAUAUGAAAUACAGAUGUUGCAAUAAGAAGCAAAAGAUUUCAUGACAUAUUAAUUAAUAUAUAACAGUAACCUUAAAAUAUCAUUACUGGGGGGAAUUAUGAGAAAUAAGUGAACGGAGCAACUUCUAAGAGCCUCCAAACCAACAGGGGGCCCCCAACAGCACUACAACUAUCCUGAGUCAGGUUUACAAAUUAUUCUUUUUUUUUUAUUGCAUGAGGGAUACACCAGUAGUAAUUGUGCAACACACCACUUGCUAUCCUUGAUCUUCAAAAUGUUAACCGGUGUACUGAGACAGUAAAGAAAAUGUCUCGUAGUUAAAUAGUUAAAAGAAGCCUAGCGGUUUUAUGUUCCACAUUAAUAUGCUGUAUAAUGACCUAAACUGCAAAAGAAAGGAGCAGCAGUUUAAAACAAUGCUACUGUCACGAAAAUUGAUCUUUAAAAGCUGUUUAAGCCAAUGUGCAUUGCGUUAUAUGAUUUCCAUCGUCUUCUCAGGUAGUACAAAUUUCUAGCUCUAUAGAUCAAAACAAAAGGACUCAACAUAUUUUGAUGUUUUUAAGCAUGAACAUUUAAUCCCAAGAUGAGAUCCCAAAUGAAUUAGAUUUGAAGGAACACACAUUUAGUUAUUGCGUUGCUGAUUUUCCAUUGUAGUCCUCAACAAUAAUAAUGCAUUAUAGUUUGAACAUGAAGGAAAUAAAGGGUCUAUCAGUCGAGCUUUGGUGCCGGAUGGUAGUUUUAAGGCCCCCCGGUCCAAAUCUGCUGAGGGCCCCAUGCAGCCUUAGACCGGCUCUGCUCUUCACCGCCCCGCUUUCAGCUUCCUGAUGGUUCACGCAAAAACAUCCCAAACACAAAAAGGCGAAACCAAACAAAGCCAAACCUUACAUAUUUCUGCUGCUUAACAAUACGCUGCUUUUGUGAUUUGCCUUCUUUUCAGCUCUCCUUUGUGUUUAAUAUAACACAAGGAAGUCCUUGGAGCAGUUCAACACGUCAUGUUAUGACAUAAAAUAUUAUGACAACAUUGCCACUGAUGUUAUAAAUAGGCAUGGGCCUACAUGACCUUGAGCAAAACCACCAAGGUCUGAUGGUAUUAGCCAACAGAAUUUGAGCAGAAACGUAAACAUGAUCUAAAACAGAAAAUUUUAA